GCGCGCGCGAGAAGAGAUUCAAGAGAGACACCUCCAAAGAAAACGUCUCUUCCUAGUCUAGGGUUUUAGACAGAGACCAAAACCCGGAUUUCCCUCCCUUCCUCUCCAAGUCAAUCUCUUCCCUCCUCCUUCAGUGGCGCCAGUGUUACUCCUCACUCCCACAUGACUACAUGAGCUCCUCUCCUCUGCUUCAAGCUUCCCCAGCUCCUCCAAUGGCCUUCACUUCCACUCUUCGCUUCUCUUCCCUCCUCCUCCGCUCCCGCUUCACCGCUCCCCUCUGCCCGGUCCGGUUCUCCUGGCGCCUCUCCGAGCUCCGUUUCUACUCUGUCCCUUCCUCCCGGGUCCUCAGAGCGAGACGCAGAGAGGGGCCCAUCAAGGCAGAACAGGGCGGAAAUGGAAGCGUCGUCGUCAAGGAUAAGGACGGGAAUAAUGGGGAAAGGAUUAUGCCCGCUGAGCUUCAUAAGGAGGCUACUGAUGCUUACAUGGCAUAUGCAAUGUCAGUGUUGCUCGGCCGUGCUCUGCCCGACGUUAGGGAUGGUUUAAAGCCCGUGCACCGACGAAUACUAUUUGCAAUGCAUGAACUGGGCCUUUCAUCCCGAAAGCCAUUCAAAAAGUGUGCUCGAGUUGUUGGAGAGGUUCUUGGGAAAUUCCACCCGCAUGGAGACACUGCUGUUUAUGAUUCUUUAGUUCGAAUGGCACAGGGUUUCUCCUUGCGAUGUCCACUUAUUCAAGGACAUGGAAACUUCGGUUCGGUUGAUGCUGAUCCUCCAGCAGCCAUGCGAUAUACUGAAUGCAGAUUGGAGGCACUUACUGAAGCUGUGUUACUGGCUGACAUUGAUCAAAAGACAGUUGAUUUUGUUCCAAAUUUUGAUAACUCGCAAAUGGAGCCAUCACUUCUACCAGCUCGGCUUCCCACUUUGUUGUUGAAUGGUUCUUCUGGGAUUGCGGUUGGUAUGGCUACAAACAUUCCUCCGCAUAAUCUUGGAGAAUUGGUAGAUGUGCUUUGUGCGUUGAUUCAUAAUCCAGAAGCCACAUUGCAAGAACUGUUGGAAUACAUGCCUGGACCAGACUUUCCAACUGGAGGAUUAAUCAUGGGAAACAUGGGCAUAUUGGAGGCGUAUCGAACUGGGAGAGGGCGGAUAGUUGUCAGGGGGAAAACUGAUAUUGAGUUGCUAGACUCUAAGAGCAAGCGAACUGCAAUUAUCAUAAAAGAGAUCCCUUAUCAAACAAACAAAGCAUCUCUGGUGGAAAAGAUUGCAGAACUUGUAGAAAACAAGAGCUUAGAGGGAAUCAGUGACAUUCGUGAUGAGAGUGACCGCUCGGGAAUGAGGAUUGUCAUUGAGCUUAAACGGGGCUCUGAACCUUUGAUUGUUUUGAAUAAUCUUUAUCGGCUUACGGCUCUUCAAUCUAGUUUCAGCUGCAACAUGGUCGGCAUUCUGAAUGGACAGCCGAAGCAGAUGGGUUUGAAGGAACUGCUUCAGGCAUUCUUGGACUUUAGAUGCACAGUUGUUGAGAGGCGUGCCAGAUUCAAGCUUUCUCAAGCGCAAGAUAGAAGGCAUAUUGUGGAGGGUAUUGUGAUUGGGCUUGAUAAUCUUGAUGGAGUAAUCCGUAUAAUAAGACAGGCUUCAAGCAAUGCACAUGCAUCAGCUGGUCUUGUCAGUGAAUUUAAUUUGUCAGAAAAACAAGCUGAGGCUAUAUUAGACAUAAGCCUUAGAAGACUCACUCUUCUUGAGAGAAAGAAGUUUGUUGAUGAAAGCAAAUCCCUGAUGGAACAAAUUUUGAAGAUAGAGCAACUAUUAUCAACCCGGGAGAACAUCUUGCAGCUAAUUGAGCAAGAAGCAAUUGAAUUGAAGAACAAGUUCUCCAGUCCACGUCGCUCAAUAUUGGAGGAAACUGACGGUGGUCAAGUUGAAGAUAUUGACGUCAUUCCGAAUGAGGAAAUGCUGUUGGCUCUGAGUGAAAAAGGUUAUCUGAAGCGGAUGAAACCCAACACCUUCAACCUCCAGAAUCGUGGGACAAUUGGGAAAUCUGUUGGGAAAUUGAGAGUAAAUGAUGCUAUGUCCGACUUCAUAGUUUGUCAUGCACAUGAUCAUGUGCUUUAUUUCAGUGACAAGGGAAUAGUUUAUUCUGCGCGUGCAUACAAAAUUCCUGAAUGUACAAGGAAUGCUGCUGGCACACCAUUGGUCCAGAUGUUAUCUUUGUCUGAUGGUGAGAGGAUAACGUCGAUUGUUCCUGUGAAAGAGUUUCCUGAAGAUCAGUUUCUACUGAUGCUUACUGUCAGUGGUUACAUAAAGAAAGUGUCCUUAAAUUCUUUCUCAUCCAUCAGAUCAACUGGAAUCAUAGCAAUUCAACUGGUUCCUGGUGAUGAGCUAAAAUGGGUACGUCUUUGCACGAAUGACGAUCUCGUCGCAAUGGCUUCACAGAAUGGAAUGGUCAUCUUAAGUUCUUGUGAUAUUAUACGCACACUGGGAAGGAAUACUCGGGGAUCAGUUGCAAUGAGACUAAAAGAAGGAGAUAAGAUGGCUUGUAUGGAUAUAAUUCCAUCAUCCAUGCGGAAGAAUUUGGAGAUUGUUUCAGAUGCUCCGCAGAGCAAAGAUAAAGGCUUGAAAGGUCCUUGGUUGUUGUUUGUGUCUGAGAGUGGCUAUGGAAAGAGGGUCCCAUUAAGUCGCUUUCGCACCUCAGCUCUGAAUAGAGUUGGCUUGAUAGGUUAUAAGUUUUCAUCUGAAGACCGCUUGGCUGCAGUGUUUGUAGUCGGGUUUUCAUUGUCAGAAGAUGGAGAAAGUGAUGAGCAAUUUGUGCUGGUCAGCCAAAGUGGUACAGUAAACAGGAUCAAGGUUCGUGAUAUCUCAAUACAGUCUCGUUACGCAAGGGGUGUGAUCCUAAUGCGGCUUGAGUAUGCUGGGAAGAUUCAGUCUGCCUCCCUAAUAUCAGGAGCAGAGACAGAUUCGGAGGAAGAAGUUGCAGCUCAUGGAUGAGUAUCAACAAUACCAGCUGGAAAUCAAAUUUUGCUCUCUGAAUCCCUGUGGUUCAAUCAUCCGUCUGCAUAGAUCGCUUAGAAAUCAAUUCACAAGUGGCUUCAAAUUUGAGCGUGCAUCUAACUGAUUAAUGAGCCUGUGUAGAUAACUCGCACAAGUGGAAUACUUUGUUCUAUAGAAAGGGGAUCCGUGCGAGUGUGCGACUUGUGAACUAAUCCGAUCUUCUACGACUUCGGCAAUGAGAUCUUUAGCAAUAUCUCUAAAUUAGAUCUACCAGUAAAUUGAACAA